UCGCUCUCCAAAUCUAAUGCUAUACACCGUUACUUCUUGAAGUUUCAUCACCUCUCAAAACUCGCAAAAUGUAUGGAUUUGUCAAUUAUGCGUUGGAGCUGUUGGUGAUUAAAACUUUUGGCGAAGAAACAUGGGAAACUAUCAAGAAAAAUGCAGAAGUCCAAAUGGAGGGCCAGUUUUUAGUUCGACAGAUCUACGACGAUGAACUGACUUACAAUUUAAUUUACGCUGCUGUGGAAGUUUUGAAUAUACCAGCAAACACAAUAUUGGAAUUAUUCGGAAAAACGUUUUUUGAAUUUUGCCAGGAUUCUGGUUACGACAAAAUCCUGCAGGUGCUUGGAGCUACGCCACGCGAUUUUUUGCAGAACUUGGAUGCCUUGCACGACCACUUAGGAACUCUUUACCCAGGAAUGAAAGCUCCGUCUUUUCGAUGCACUGAACGGCCAGAAGAUGGCGCCCUGGUAUUACAUUACUAUUCAGAUCGACCUGGUUUGGAACAUAUCGUUAUUGGUAUUGUAAAGACGGUGGCUAGCAAGCUUCACAACACAGAAGUGGAAAUUGAAAUUCUGAAAACUAAAGAGGAAUGCGAUCACGUUCAGUUUCUGAUUACGGAGAAAUCGGGUCCCCAAAGGCCACUAGCUCCUCAAAUUGACGAAAUAGAAACUUUAUCCCUAGAGCCAAAAGUGAGCGCAUCGACUUUCUGCAGGGUUUUUCCUUUCCACAUUAUUUUCGACAGGAAUUUGCAAAUUGUACAGACUGGGUCGACGGUUGCAAGAGUUAUUCCCAAGGUGAUCGAGGACGAGUGUUUAGUCACUGAUAUUUUGGAUCCGAUUCGCCCACACUUGGAGUUAACAUUUGAGAAUAUUCUAUCUCAUAUAAACACGAUAUAUGUUCUAAAAACUAAACAUGGAGUUAUGCAAGUUGAUGCACCUCCAGAAUAUCGAUUCCUUCGCUUGAAAGGACAGAUGCUUUACGUUUCCGAACGUGACUUGGUUGUGUUCCUGGGAUAUCCCAGUGUAAUGAAUCUGGAUGAUUUGACCAGGAGGGGAUUAUACAUCAGUGAUAUUCCCUUGCACGAUGCUACUCGUGAUCUGGUAUUAAUGUCAGAGCAAUUUGAAGCAGACUAUAAGCUGACUAGAAAUCUGGAAAUCCUCACUGAUAAACUUCAACAAACUUACCGAGAACUGGACAGCGAGAAAAAGAAAACUGAUCAGCUUCUCUACUCAGUACUGCCCAUUAGCGUCGCAAACGAGUUAAGACACCGAAGACCCGUUCCGGCCAAACGGUACGAUGCUGUUACUUUGCUAUUUUCAGGAAUAUACGGAUUUUCAGCUUAUUGUGCAGCAAAUGCUGACUCGAACGGCGCUAUGAAAAUUGUAAAAAUGUUGAACACUCUGUACACCAAAUUUGAUGAUCUUACUGACUCGAAGAUAAAUCCCAAUAUUUACAAGGUGGAAACAGUAGGAGAUAAAUACAUGGCAGUCAGUGGUCUUCCAAAUCCCAGUAAAACACACGCCAAAAAUAUUGCGAAGCUUGCACUGGAUAUGAUGGACUUAGGGAGUUCUGUAGUUUUCGACGGAGAACCAGUGAGGAUUACGAUUGGAAUACAUUCUGGUGAAGUGGUCACCGGUGUGAUUGGUCAGAGAAUGCCGAGAUACUGCCUUUAUGGUAAUACCGUAAAUUUAACAAGCAGAACUGAAACUACAGGAGACCCUGGAAAAAUCAACGUGUCGGAGGAUGCUUACAGAGUUCUCCUUCAAGACGACAACUUUGACGUUCAAUUCCAAUUUGACUAUCGGGGACCAGUUCAAAUGAAAGGAAAGUCAGAUGCAAUGCAUGUUUAUCUGCUCUCUAGAAACUUGCAAAAACCGCAAUCUACAGAUUUUUAAUCACAGUAUCCUACCUUUAAGAAGAAUUCUUCUUUAAAUCAUAAUCUCUAAGUUCAUGGACAUUUAACUUUUUAAGUAUGUAAAGGUAAGUUUCCUCUUCCUGAUAAUUAAGCAAUUAUUUGCAUUAUGUUAGGUAUCGCUACGGUGCAACAACUAUUAAUAGAACAAACAUUGAACUAUUUAUGUAGAUAUAAAUGAACUCAGAGUAAACAGAACAAAAAAAUUAUAUUAUAUUUAGACAAAUUAAUACUAGAGUCAUACAUGACUGCACGAUUUAAUUGGGUACAUAAUGAUCUAUCAAAGAUUGUUUCCUAAUAAAAAUAAAAUACUUGUUAUUUC